AGCAGAGAAUCAACCAACCGAAUGUGACACGUGACCUUUCAAAGUCAACGAGAAAUUCGGUUCAGGUUUGUAUUUUUCAGAAUGAGUGCUGCCCACUCAUAAUUUUGGAUUGAUUGAAACAAGAAAAUAAUUCUCGCAUCGUUCGGAAUUCGUCACUAACCGGACCCAACACUAACAACCACUGAAUCAUAAAAUUAAUAACCUGCUCACCACCGAGGUUGAGCUGGACAAACAAACACGAACCGAGUUCAGUAUGUGCGCAUCAGUCGCGGAGAACGAACAUGGAAGUAAACGUUAUUGGUCUGGCGUUGGUGCUAACGCUGUUUUGGUUUAUCUAUCGCUGGCUUACCAAAAAUCAUGAUUACUUUCGCGAUAAGCCAAUUCCUUCGCUGGCGGCAGUUCCGUUUUUCGGCAGCACUGCAGAUAUUAUGUUGAAGAGGCUAUCUAUGCACGAUUAUGUUAAACAAGUUUACGAUAAGUUUGCCGGUGUGAAAGUAUUUGGAUUGUUUGAUACUAACAGUCGUACCUUCGUGAUUACCGAUCUGGACCUGAUCAAGCAAAUUUCCGUAAAAGAUUUCGAUUAUUUUACUGAUCGACGCCCAAUGUUUGGCAUGAACGAUAACGACAACCCGAACGUAUUGUUCAACAAAGUUCUGUUCUCACUGAAGGGUCAAAAGUGGCGAGAUAUGCGGUCUACUCUGAGCCCAGCUUUUACGGGUAGCAAAAUGCGUGCGAUGUUCGAGCUAAUCGCACAGUACAGUAGUGGAAUGAUUCAAACGUUACGUUCAAAAGCAGAAAAAGAGGGAUUCAUUGAUGGAGAAAUAAAGGAUCUGUUCUCACGGAUUGCAACCGAUAUUAUAGCAAGUUGUGCCUUUGGACUGCAGGUGGACUCCAUUCAUGACCCAGGAAACGAUUUCUUUGCGACGGGAAGCUCCAUGAUCAACUUUUUCAGAACUUCUAUCAUAUUGAGAGUAAUGUGCUUUGCAUUUUUUCCAAGAAUCAUGGAAAAGCUGGGCAUUGAUGUAAUUGAAAGAAAGCACAUACAUUUCUUUUCGAAGAUCGUCAAAGAAGCGAUGCAAAAUAGAGAAGCCCAUGGAAUCGUGCGGCCAGACAUGAUUCAUUUGUUAAUGAUGGCAAAGAAGGGCGUUCUAAAGGCUCAGCAUGAAACGACAGCAGAAAAUGAAGGUUUUGCAACAGUCCUCGAAUCAGACAUUGGAAAAGCAUCGCACAACAAAACUCUAACAGAUCCGGAAAUCACAGCACAGUGCAUGCUGUUCUUCCUCGCCGGGUUCGAAGGAAUAGCAUCCGGCAUGACCUUUAUUGCGUACGAACUGGCGUUGAGUCCCGAAGUUCAAGAGAAACUUUACCAAGAGAUUGUCGAAACCAACAAACAAUUGAAAGGACAACCACUAUCGUACGAUGUUUUGCAAUCGAUGAAGUAUCUCGAUAUGGUCCUAUCGGAAACGCUAAGAAUGUGGCCAAAUCCGAUGAUCGAUAGAUACUGCGUCAAAGAUUAUACGCUGGACGCGGGAGAUGGACUGAAGUUUACUAUCGACCAAGGUACCUGCGUGUGGUUCCCGGUAUACGGAAUCCAUUUCGAUCCGAAGUAUUACCCCAAUCCAACCAAAUUUGACCCGGAACGAUUCAGCGAAGCAAACCGAGCCCAAUUCAACAUGGCAGCGUACAUGCCGUUCGGGGUUGGUCCCAGAAACUGUAUUGGGUCCCGGUUUGCCCUGAUGGAGAUUAAGGCAAUUAUGUACCAGCUGUUGUUGAAUUUCAGCAUCGAACCAACAGAGCAAACGCGAAUCCCGCUUAAACUGGCACCCGGAUUGUUCCCGAAUAUUAGACAGCAUCUCAGGUUGAAGUUGAGGCAGUUAUGAAAUUUAAUUGGACCAAUUAAAAGUGAAAUUUGAAACUAUUUUUUCUGAAUAAAUUAUCUUGCUACAUCAUUCUUAGCGAUUCAGUUAA